GUUACUUUUGUCUCGAAGGACCAAAUAAUGUUGACAACGAGACUAUAUGUCCGAGAGUGAGAAGCGAUAUUUUGCUGCUUUAUCGCGUCGACAUUUCUGCAGUCUUAAUUGAUCUAAUAACGCUAAUUUUUGUUUCUCCCCACAUUAGCAAUAUUUGAGUGGAAUCGAAAUGAAGCCUGCGAUAUUAUGUAUUUGCCUUCUUCAAUUUGCAGCUGUCAACUGUAGGCUUGCAGCGCGUGACAAGACACAUCUUGUUAAAAUUAAAAGGACCGACAAUAAUUUGUCAUCAAAUUAUUUUACGGCCAAGGAAAUAGAGCUGUGGAACCAGGCGAAACCCAGAAGGUUGUUUGCCAGAAGAGGAAUCCAGGAACACCAGAGAUUGCAUGUGACGGUGAAGCCUGCCCCCCCAACCCCUCAUUGUUCCAAGGUGAUGGAGAGCUGUAUUCCCCACUCUCGCUGCUGUGAUCCCUGUGCCUCCUGUCACUGUCGCUUCUUCAAUUCCAUCUGCUACUGCUGGAAACUGGGAUGCCACUGCCAGAAGAAAUCUUAAACAUACUGACACACACACACACACACACACACACACACACACACACACACACACACACACACACACACACACACACACACACACACACACACACACACACACACACACACACACACACACACACACACACACACAAAACAUUCCACUGUACCGCUGGGCACUGGGCUGUCAUACCUGAAGAUCUGAAGACAUACGUUUACAUACACUCACACGUGCACACUCACACACCACGGGACACACAAUCACUUAUCCUCUAGUGCUGCCUGGAAGUAGCCCACCUACCUCCCUUUCAACACCUGUACCACCUUACACACUCAUCGUGUGCUACAAUAUUAUACAAUAUUUGUAGACUACAUUAUGUUUACAUGUAUUUACUGUAUAUGUCAACACUAUCUACAUGUAAAGUCAGAUAUUUGUGGGGUAUAAUAUAAUUAGGCUAUACCUGACUGUGAAACUGCAAUUAAGCUUGUUUGGACUGCCCAAAUGUCUUAAUAAGCAGUAGUUUUUACAAGGGCUAAGGAUAUACUUACCAUGUAUUUUCUCUCCAUUGUGUAAUUGGUUUGAAUUGGUUUUUACUGUCGGUUUGAGAGCAGACAAAAACCCACAAGUGGAAUAAUGGUGGCAUAGUUUUACAUUAUGUAUGCUAAUGAAUGGCAAUACACAUUUUAUAUUCAUGAUAUGCCAAAAUUACUCAACAUUUAUUUAGGUAGCUGUAAAGACAUAAUGCAUUAUGUUGCAGGCUUCAAGCAAAUAUUUGCAGAAAAUAGCACGUAUUACGUUGAUGUUAGGUGACUUAGUGGCAAGCUCCACUAGCCUUACUAGUGAGAAACUAGCAAAUGUAGGAUGGCCUGAGUGCCAGUCUGUUUUUGCUAUCAUGCCAACUCCUUGUCAUUCUGUGCGUUUGGCUUGACAAGGACAGCAUGGAGAGCUAAAAAAUAUCUAGGUUAAGAGUGAUACAGUAGUUUGCUUCUGGUAGUGCCAAUGUUGCAGCCUAUUUUACCUCUUCUUUUCAAUAAAAGGACUGCUUGUCAGCACAAACUUUACCCAAUACAAACCAAUACUGCCUUACAAAGGCAAAACACAGUAACUACACUUUUGAUCAAAAUUGAGUUAAGACUGAAAUCAGGCUUUGUAGUAUCUGUUUUAUCUUGUGACAAAGUUUUCUGGUUCAAUUAUGUUCCGUUUCAGAGAAAGUGGUGUGUGAAAUUUUGCAUUAACUGCAGAAUCCAAGUAAAAACCAAGGGAAAACCUGGUGAUCUGAAAAUAAUAUUUGAGUUCCGUAAAAUCGUUGGAAAUAGAGAGAAGUGGAAGGAACUGGUACCACACAACAGCUACCCGCUCUGCCAUACGAAGCCAAAGAGCAGUAACUACAAAAACAGUGAAACUGAGAAAAAUGGCUUUAAAGUUGAUUUUCUUUCCAGACAAGUAUGUUGUGGGUAGAUAAGUGAAGUAUUUUGUUUUACACAUAUCAAACAUGACCACUGAUUUAACCUAUUUAACCUUAUGUCAAAUAUAUUACCAUACAGCGUCAAACAGGAAAAACAACAAGAAAGUUGGAUAAACACAUUUAGAUUGUAUAUACUGCACGAAGUCAAAACAUUUUUUAAGUAUAAACAUUCUGCGUGGUGAAGUAGUCCUAACCUUAUGGUGAAAAAAUGCUCGAGGGUUGCUACGAUACAACAUUCAAAAGAUGAAAACAUAACUACAUAACACCCUUAAAUACAGUUGGAAUGUAGUUAGAAUUAUCGAACUGCAGAACUGUCAAACUGUUUCUAUCAAACAUAAAAACAAGAUAGUUGGAUGAAAACUUUUAGAUUGUAGAUGCUGCACUUUGCCUUUGCAUUACCCAUAUAGUUGUUUAAAGUCAUACAAAGGCAGAGUGUAGUAUCUGCAUAGGUAAAAUCAGUGGUCAUGGUUGAUAUGCAUAAAAAUUACUUCAUAAUAAAAUUAUACAUCAGUGCAUUGUCACUUAUCUACCUACAACAUAUUUGGCUGGUUAUCCCAAAAACUUUAAAGCCAUUUUUCUCAGUUUAACUGUUUCCAUAGUUAAUGCGUUUUGCCUUUGUAGGGCAGAAUACAUCUGUACUCUUUUGGCUCAUAUUGAUCCCACACUCGUACAAUCCACUUGAUGAUAAUCAAUGUCCCGUUGCCAUUAAAGGAAUGGUGUGUUAAACAGGUACUUUUUAUAAAAACAGAAUCUUACUGUUAUAAAUGUAAGCGAGAUCUUACUAUUUUUGAUAAUCAAACACUGAAUGAAUGUUUUUAACCAAGCUGCAUGGUCUAAAUAAAGCUCUAUAAUAAAACAA